AUGGCAUUUUUCAAAACUUUUCAGCAGAAUCUGCCUUCAGUGUCCUCCCUGGUGGACACAAUCAGUAGUGCUGUAGAAGACUUGACCACUGCUGUUGGGGAGGUCAGCUAUGCUUUAACUGACUCAGUUGCUGAGCAGGUAACAAGUAUGAUAAAUGGCUUUCGCCCUGAAGAGGAAAUUUCGGCUGCAGAAGAAACUGUGAACAUUUCUGACCCAAAAAAUACCAUGUUACCAGAAAUUUUCAACAACAAUGCUUUCCAGAAAACACAGUCCAAUUUAGAGCACAGAGCAAAGCAAAUAAAUUAUAAUAAUACUUUAGCUUCACAAGAGCAAGAAAUGCACGAAGAAAGAUUAUUUAAACAUACUAAUGAUAGGCCACAGACAAUAUCAGAGUAUCAAGAAACUGGUAAUGUUAGUGAUUCUUCUUUGAAAGGCUGCAUGAAAAAUGAUGGGAUCUCAGUUAUCAAGCAGGAUACAAAAGCUGGAUCUACUUGUCAUGGACUUGAAAGUGCUGACAGAUGUAAAAAAAUUGGAUUAGGAAUCUCCAAUAAUGGUAAGAAUGAUUUAAAGGAGGUAAGAUAUCAAGAAAUGAAAGAAAAUGAGACUAUCACCAAUGGAAUAAGCAUAUUAUAUGAGAAAAAGAAAUACAUUGUUACAGAUAAUCAUAAAAGAGGAGAAUAUGCUAAAUCUCAAUAUAUGUUUUGGGGAAGAGAUCAAGAUAAAAUGGGGCAUUUCAGCAAAAGUGAACAUCUUGUUGAUUUAAGGCAUUCUGAUCAUUUGAAGAAAGCUGAAAAACAUAUGAAGUGUAAAGAAUUCAAAGGGAAUGAGUGUUCUCCAAAAGAUAUUUUGACAAACAAUAGACAGAAACCCACUAUGAAAGAAGAUAUAUAUAUACCAUCAUCAUCUAAUUCUAAAAAUACAUUUUCUGGAAAAAUCAACCAACAAAUAAACCCAGCAAAAUACCACAAAGUGAAAGGAGACAUUAAAACAAAGAAAAAUGAAGCCAAUUCUGCCAAGAAAGGAACAGCAAAGGGUAAAGUUGAAAAAUAUUCUAAGAUAGUACCAGAAAAAGAUAAUUCCUACAUGGACAAAGAUGAGCAUGGUUCAUCCUCUGAAAGUGAAGAUGAAGCACUGGGUAAAUAUCAUGAGGCCUUAUCCAGAACACAUAAUUCUAGACUACCAUUGGUAGAUUCUAGACAAAAGAACUAUGCUUGGGAAACAAGACAAAAAUACAGUCCUUUAUCUGCGGAGUAUGAUGGAUACAGUAGUGAAGCAUCAAUAGAUGAAGGAAACUGCAUUCAGAGAAUGAGAAGAACACCCCCACUGGAUGAAUUGCAGCCACCACCAUAUCAGGAUGACAGUGGUUCUCCCCAUCUCUCAUGUACACCUUCAGAAAUUGGGGACGGUAAAUGUGAAUUUUCCCACUGCAGUAAUAGUCCACGAUGCUCAUAUAACAAGUGUCCAAGUGAAGGAAGCACAGGUCAUGAAAUAGAAAGUUUUCAUAAUAAAGGAUAUGAAGAAGAUGUUCCAAGUGACAGCACUGCAGUUCUGAGCCCUGAAGAUAUGUCAGCUCAAGGAUCAUCUUCACAGCUUCCUAAACCUUUUGAUCCUGAGCCAGAAGCUAAAUAUGGCACACUGGAUGUGACUUUUGACUAUGACUCACAAGAACAGAAGCUUUUGGUAACAGUGACAGCUGUCACAGACAUCCCAACAUAUAACAGGACAGGUGGUAACUCAUGGCAAGUACACCUUGUUCUUCUACCUAUAAAGAAACAGAGAGCAAAAACCAGCAUCCAGAGAGGACCAUGCCCUGUCUUCACAGAAACAUUCAAAUUUAAUCACGUUGAAUCUGAGAUGAUUGGAAAUUAUGCAGUUCGGUUUAGACUUUAUGGUGUACAUCGCAUGAAAAAAGAAAAGAUUGUGGGGGAAAAGAUUUUUUAUUUAACAAAAUUGAAUCUUCAAGGGAAAAUGUCAUUACCUGUGAUACUGGAACCUUCUUAUAAUCAUUCUGGUUGUGACUCCCAAAUGAGCAUGUCAGAAAUGUCCUGUAGUGAAAGUACAUCGUCUUGUCAAUCUCUUGAACAUGGUUCAGUUCCAGAGAUUCUCAUUGGCCUGCUUUAUAAUGCCACAACUGGAAGAUUAUCAGCAGAAGUGAUAAAAGGCAGCCACUUCAAAAACUUGGCAGCAAACAGACCACCCAAUACAUAUGUUAAGUUAACUCUACUGAAUUCCAUGGGUCAAGAGAUGUCCAAGUGCAAGACAUCCAUCCGCAGAGGGCAGCCAAAUCCAGUAUACAAGGAAACUUUUGUAUUUCAAGUAGCUCUAUUUCAACUUUCUGAUGUGACACUUAUACUAUCUGUGUAUAACAAACGCAGCAUGAAAAGAAAAGAAAUGAUAGGCUGGAUUUCUUUAGGUCUGAACAGCUCUGGAGAAGAGGAACUCAACCAUUGGACUGAAAUGAAGGAGUCGAAAGGACAGCAAGUAUGUAGAUGGCAUGCGUUACUAGAGUCAUGAUGAACAGGAUGAACGAGCCGUCAGUCAAAGGCCACAUUCUUUCUGAUUACAACACUGCUGUUUUCACCUGGUCACCAUUAGAAGAGCUAUUCUUUGAAGAAUAAUAUUCAACAUUCUACCAAAAUCCUUUAAAUGCUUUGGAAAGAACGCCUAAUACUGACAUACAUGAAGAAAAGAUAUGUCUCUGGUGGAGCUUGUGUGGAAACUGAGAAACCAACAACAUUAUUGUUAAACUAAUAGUCCUCCAGAGAUUUAAAGCUAUGCUUUUGAUUUGAAAUCACUUUUACUUUAGCAAAAGAGCCAGUAAUUUUAUGAAAGAUUAUAAGUGAUUUUUAAAAAUCAGAAUUUUCGUUGCAUCACUAUUUUAGUAUCACCCUACAUAUUACCCAUAAAGCAUUUUAAAUGGCCAGUCUUGGUGUUUAUAAUGUUCUUUAAUAUGAAAAAAUAGUUCUCCAGCACUAUCACAAGUUAUAUCUAAUGAAGGGUUUCAAUCACAUUGAAAAUUAUUUUGUCUCAGACAUGUCCUUUGUGCCCUUAGUUUCAUUGUGCCUCAGUUCUUCUCCAUAGCACUAAAUCUAAGUGCAAGCAAAUAUUCAUUUUCAUGAAGGAAUUUUGAAGAUGUGUUAUUUUUCAAAAGUUUAUUUCUUUAUUUGCCUCUGCUUCUGCCUGAUCCAAAGAGACCAAGUCAUGUCCUGGUCCCUUGCAAGCCUUCUAGACAGGUUGUACUGUAGAACUAUGUAACUUUCUGUUGAAAGCACUCCCUGUAUUCUUGUAUUCCAAUGUAGGAAGCCAAUAGAACAGGACUUUACUUUAGAACUAGUUUCAGUGAUUGACUCUUUACAAUUGUGUAAUGUGAAAAAUGUUUUUCUACAAACUGAAAAAUAAGAGAAGCUGUUGGAAAUUAAAAGCAAUUCACAUUAAAGAAAAAUUUAAUUGUCUGCUCUGAGUAUUUAGUAAGCAACACUGCAUAAAGCAGGUAGCACUCAAAAUAAGAAACUCUGUCACCCUCACUUCAGUUUAUAUGGUGAUGUAAAGACUAUCCUGUUCACAGUUCGAUUCAGAGCAUCAAGUUCAAAACAGUUCUGAGAUUCUUUAUGAAGUUUCUAGUGACUUGUGACUAGAUUUUAUGAAAUUUACAGAUAACGUUCUUCAACGUGAUGUCAUCUUGUGCCUUUCAUGUAAGUUCAAUUUGCUCAUACAGCUUGGAAGUUGUAUUUGCAAAAUUAGGCCUUCAAUUUUUUAUAAAUGUAAAGAUUCCUCAGAACAGUGUCACAGGAUCUUUAUUUCCUCUGAAAUGUGUAAAAGUUAUAUAAUGUACUAAUUUUUUUAAAUGGCAAGGCACUUUCAUUUGUUGUUUUUAUAUUUAGGAACUCUGAUUAAUCAGGAAUAUUAUAAGCUAUUUUCUUUUCAAUUUUGCUU